AUGUCGUCCAUCAGCUCAGGAUCCGAUGCUCCAAUGCUCGACGCGAAGAUCGACAACCGCACUCUGGCGGAAAUAUUCAGAGAUCUUCCGUCCCCAAAGGCCUCUGCGAAGUACCCUGUCAACUGUACUCAGGGCAUGCGAACCUCUCUCUAUCCUUACCAACGUGAAACUGUCUCUGCGAUGCUCGCGAGAGAAGCAGAGUCCCCAGCAACCAUAAACGAUCCUCUCUUUAUUCCAAUGAAGGGCAUGGAUGGAACAUCUUUCUACCUCCAGCCGUCGACGAUGGAGUCAUGGCAAGAAUGUCCGCAGGUUGCUCAAAGUCGUGGAGGCAUCCUCUGCGAGGAGCUCGGUACUGGCAAAACUGUCAUUGUGCUUUCUCUCAUAGUUGCAACUCUUGACCAGCUUCCAGAACCCAAGACGUCUGUCCCAAACAUAUGCCCUCCUUUGACACCCCUGGCAUUCCGCCACUUUCCGAAUGUCGAGUUUGCUGCCGCGCGUGAGCACUUUGCUCGCGGAUGUUCGACUCGGGUAAGGUUGGAGCAGCAAGAACCUCGCCAAAUCGCUUCCCUUGUGGAGACACUACUCCACUAUUGCAAAGUACACCCCGAAAAUUUGGAUAUACGCUCGCAUAUCGAGUCUUUGAAGAGGCGCCUACGGGAGCCUCUCAGGCUUAAUGUAGCAUACUACUAUGAAUCAAUGCCCGAACUUGUCCGCACCAGGCGCAACUACACUGACCCCGGACCAAGAAAAAUGUAUCUCAGCCCUGCAACACUUGUCGUUGUACCGGUGAAUUUAUUCCUGCAGUGGCGAAAUGAGAUUAUGAAACACUGCCAUGAUACACUGCGUGUACUGGAGGUCAAGACUGAUACAGUCUUGCCAGGAGCAGUGGACCUGGCCAGCAACUAUGAUUGUAAGGUACCAAGUGCUACCGUGACACCCUUGCUCCAAGUCCGAUGGAAACGGCUCGUGAUCGACGAGGGUCAUGUCUCCGCUUCGAUCGUCACGAACCUCACGCCAUUCGCGAAGAUACUGAGCGUCGAACGAAAGUGGAUUGUAACUGGCACACCGACAACGAACCUCCUUGGCUUGCAAUUUGGCGGUGGUAGCGAACUUCAAUAUCCCGAAUCGCCUGUAGCAGAAGGGUCACCCGCAGCCGAUGCCAUCGAACCCAAUCUCGUUGUCCGAACGUGGACGCGUGACGAUCGCGAAGAUCUCCGCAAGCUGUCCAACAUGAUCGUGCACUUCCUCGAGGUGCCGCAGUUCGCUGCGGGUGCCAAGACGCUGUUCAACAAAGCUAUAAUACAACCAUUGAUGGCAAAUCCAAGGCCUCGACCGGGUGCGAUCGAGGUACUUGAGCAAGUGAUGAGCUCGGUCAUGAUCCGCCAUCGGAUCAUCGACGUCGAGGAAGAUGUGCUAUUGCCAUUACUGCACCAGAAGACCAUUCUGCUGGAUCUCGACCAGUAUGCAAUCAAGUCGUACAAUGCGUUGCAAGCGGGUAUUGUCAUCAACGCGGUGGAUUCCGAGCGUACUGGUCAGGACUAUCUGUUCCAUCCCAGUCUUAGGGUCAUGUUCUGGCAUGUGGAUGACGAGAAGUGCUACAACGUCAACGAAAUCGCGAACGGCUCGAAGGAGUUCCUGCAAAAUGCCCGCCACAGGAACAUCUCCGAAGAGGAUCUGAUUCUCUUACAACAGGCAAUCUCAUGCGUGUACUCCGCUGUCCAUGAUCCAACGUGGAGGGCCAUGCAGAACCAUGUCUCCGUGUUCCACCGCGUCCACAAUAUAUUAUCCAAUGUCUACGAGGCCUGGUCCUCACUGCCUGCCAGAGUAACUCGUCGUUACCGCCGCGUAUCGAGAAGUGACCAGGUAUUGUCAAGCGAGCGCCUGACCAAGCUGCGUUCAUUCGUGACACGACAACCGCUUGCGGACAUGACACGGAUUGUUCUGGCUGUGCGGGAUGUGAUGGACGAAGAAGAAGCUCGACUCCACAGCGAACAGGAACUAAUACAGCGAAAGACGAAGAAACGGAAACAGACUAACAAGCACCGCAAGGAGCAAGAGGUCGCCCAGCACGCUGUAGCACCCGAGAAGCGCGACGAGGUGCAGCGGGAAUUCGUUGCUGGCCAGAAAUGGCUAUUGGCACUGUUUCAGAAUGAGAUGCCAGGACGCGCCGCUGGAGUGCAUCGACAGCCAUCAAUAACUUCACGUCUCCUAUCGCUGUCCCCGUUAGCUGGCGUCCGUAUCGGGAAGUCGACGUCCUCGAAGCUGGACUUCAUUCUCAAUGAGGUUCUGCAACACUCGCCUACCGAGAAAUUCCUCAUCUUCUCGAAUUCCCCGCUUACGCUGAAGUUCGUCGCAGAAGGUCUUGAGCUCGUCCAAAUUAAGCACAUCCGAUUUACCACUAUGGACAAGCCAAAGCUGCGCGAACAGUUUGUGACGACGUUCGAGACGUCGGCUUUAUACAGGGUCUUCCUGAUGGAGCUCAAGCACGGAGCGCGUGGCUUGUAUGGCCCUGCCUUCAUGAAUCUCAUCUCCGCCUCACGGGUUAUCUUCUGCGAACCGGUGUGGCAAGCAGACGUCGAGAUCCAAGCAAUCAAGACGCGCCCGGUUACAGUACAAACCCUUGCUAUCCGCUCAACCUGGGAGGAGGCGAUCGUCACUCGGCGCGAGGCGCUUGGCAAGAGCAAGGACAAUGACGCCAAGCAGACACGGCUCAUAGAGGACCGGGGCAUCCGCGACUUCAUCGCGAAUCCGACGUUCUUGAAAGAGAAAGCAGCCACAAGGCUGAACUUCAAUGUUCCCCUGCUCCGAAUCGGGCAGGACCAGAAUGAGGAUGAGGAACAAGAUGAUGCAGUGGCGAUACAACUGCCAGCAGAAGGCCCGGCCUUUAAAAAGAGACGCGUGGUGAAGUUCACCGACGAGUGA